GCCCUCGGGGCGGAGCUGCGGCGGUGGCGAGCGACGAGAGUGCGGGGCCAGGAUGGGGCGGCAGGUGGUGGAGCUCUUUUACGAUGUAGUGUCCCCUUACUGCUGGCUGGGAUUUGAGGUGCUCUGCCGGUACAGGCACGUCUGGAACAUUGACCUGCACUUUCGCCCGGUUUUCCUUGCUGGUCUAUUCCGAGACAUUGGUACCAAGCCCCCAGCAUUGUUGCCAAAGCGUGGAGAAUACAUGACAAAGGAUAUCAAAAGGAUGGCAAAGUACUACCAAGUGCCUCUACGGACAUCAGAAGAUGCCUUCCAACGUAUCAUUCGUCUGAGCAGUCUCGGGGCCAUGCGAUUUAUCACAGCCGCGGGCAUGACACAGCCACAAUACUUGGAGCCACUCUCUAGGGAGUUCUGGAUAAGCUUUUGGUCACAGUAUGAAGACAUCAGUGAGACAGAGAAGAUACUUGCUGUUGCCAAGCAGGCUGGGCUGUCAUCAGAGCUUGCCCAGAAGCUACUUGAAAUGACUUCAACCCCUGCAGUGAAGAACCAACUGAAAGAGACAACAGAUGAAGCAAUAAAAUACGGGGCAUUUGGGAUGCCUGCUUUUGUGGUACGUGUCAACGGAGAACCUCAGCUCUUCUUUGGCUCUGACCGUAUAGAACUGCUGGGCAGCAUCAUAGGUGAAAAAUGGCUGGGACCAGUUCCAUCAGUUCCAAGUCCCAGGAUGUGAAAAGUCCUGGGGAAACACCUAAGAAUGAAGUACAGAAACACAGACACAUACAGCCUGAGCUGCUGGCUGCUUUCUAAGUCCAAGGUAUUACACAGACACUGGAAGCACAGGACAAGACGUUCACACUUUUUACUCUGCAACAAGGCGACUGGAAGGGACAUGAGAGAGAGGAGUGGAAAACGCAGGGAAAAUUCAAGGCCAAAGAAAAAAAUCUAAGGAACCAGCCAAAAAUCCCAGAACCUGCCCCUCCUGGCCAUUGUUUUAUACACUUUGUUCUGCAGUGACUGAUAUUGGAGCCCACCACACACAUGUUCUUGGACAUCAACCCCAGACCUUGCAGGGUUUUUAAUAAAUGCCAGGUUUAUGGUAACACCUUUGCAAGACAGCAGGGAAUGCUCUUAACUUCAGUUAGGGACUGAACCACUCUGCUUUGCUUCCUCAAGGGUAGCCUGGCUGCUGUAUAACCAGAGGUGAUUGAGGCAUGGCUCUAAGGGACUUCCUGUAACAUAGGCUGCAGGGGGAAAGAUAAGCAAGCAAAAAUCAAGACCUUUGCUAUUGACAUAGUUUGAACCUGGCCCUGGGUUGGCUGAAUUGGAAUACUGAACCUUGAUGACCACACACUGCUGCCACAGAGGUUUUCCCCUUUGCUCUCAGUCUGAAUGGCAAAUUUGAGGAUUCCAAGAAUGUGUAUAUGGGUCAGAAAGUUUUAGAAUCGUUCUGUUAAGAUUCAGGUUUACAUCCAAAAAGUCUUAGGUUUCUUCAUUUAACAAAAAAUUAAUUCAGCCUGGUUUUACCCAGCACAUUAAAUGUGGCUGAAUCCUCAGGGAAGCUCAGUGCAGCUUAGCUGCCAGUUACCCACCUCCUCAGCACACUGCUUUCUCCAGGAAGCUGUUUGUGUGACACAAGUGUGAGCACAGCACUCAGAAAAGCAGCCACUGAGGCACAUGGUCCUACAGAAAGGCAGCCUGCUGGAACUCCUGCACUGUGCCUAGCACUGUUUACUCACACCUCCACUCAUUCCUCACUGCUUCUCUCCCCUUUGCUCUUGGCCACAUCUACCUGUGCUUCUCAGAACUACAGCAUACAAGAGUUUGCCAAAUAAAUGUGGCUCGUUGUCUCCUCUA